UAAAAAAGAGAAUAUCGACUGGGGAUGAAUGUCCCGUUUAACAAAACUUUUUGCUGCUUCGUCUUAAAAAAAAUGUGAUUCCUAGAAGUGAACGAAAAUUCAAUCUGUUUUUCUUUUGUCUGAAGAAAAAGUUUUGUUAGAGGGCGGGAUGGGGCAACUAUUGCCUUUAAAUACAGUGUUGUAAUAUGGAAGAAUUUGCAGAGCUGAAAGAAGCUGUGGAGAAGGUGGCGCUGGUGGAUGCUCACGCCCACAACAUCGUUUCACUCCACUCUAAUACCCACUUCCUCAGUUGCUUCUCCGAAGCCACCGGCGCCGCCUUAUCCUCCGCCGCCCACACCAUCAAUUUCAAGAGAAGCCUGAGAGAAAUUGCUGAAUUAUAUGGCUCAAACACAUCUCUACAUGCUGUUCAAGAAUAUCGCCUCUGCCAUACAUUGGAAGAGAUCACUGCCCAGUGCUUCAAAGCUGCAGGAAUUUCUGUCUUGCUCAUCGACGAUGGGCUCGAGCUGGACGAGAUGAAGGAUCUCGAGUGGCACAAGAAUUUUGUGCCGAAUGUUGGUAGAAUACUAAGGAUUGAGCAUUUGGCUGAGAAAAUUCUUGACGAGGGAAACUUAGAUAAGAUAACGUGGACGCUGGCUUCAUUCAUGGAGGCUUUUAUUGAGAGAUUGAAAUCAUAUCCUUUGAGCACAUUUCUUUGUAUGUUCUUCUUGCAAGAUUUGGAACUCCAUCCUAGAAGUUCAAUAUUAAAAAUGUUGUCAUUUUGUUUUGAUACAUCCAUGGAUAAAGUUGUGGCAUUUAAAAGCAUAGCUGCAUAUCGGAGUGGUCUUGCAAUUAAUACAGAUGUUACUAUGAAGGAGGCCGAGGAGGGACUUAAGAAUGUCUUAUAUGCUGGCAGUCCGUUCCGCAUAACAGACAAGAAUUUCAUUGACUAUAUCUUCAUACAUGCAUUGGAGGUUGCUCAAGGUUUUGACUUGCCAAUUCAAAUACACUCAGGAUUUGGGGACAAAGAUUUGGAUUUGAGGCUGUCUAAUCCUCUCCAUCUUCGACAACUUCUAGAGGAUAAAAGGUUCAGCAAGUGUCGGAUAGUUCUUCUGCAUGCAUCAUACCCAUUCUCAAAGGAAGCGUCUUAUCUUGCUUCUAUCUACUCACAAGUAUACCUUGAUUUUGGAUUGGCAGUCCCUAAACUCAGCUUCCAUGGGAUGGUUUCAUCAAUUAAAGAACUUCUAGAGCUUGCUCCAAUGAACAAGGUGAUGUUCAGCACUGAUGGCGUUGCAUUCCCUGAAACUUUCUAUUUAGGUGCAAAGAAAGGUCGCGAAGUUGUGUACACUGUCCUACGUGACGCAUGUGCAGAUGGUGAUCUUUCACUCCCUGAAGCUUUUGCUGCAGUCAAAGACAUUUUUGCGGAGAAUGCAAAGAAAUUUUACAGUAUAAACACUGCACUCGAAUCUUUGGAUUUGAAAACUGGUCAAUCCCGUUCCUUUACAAAGACAGAUGCAAACGGUGAAACUCAUCAUGCCACACUUGUGCGCAUUAUUUGGGUAGAUGCUUCAGGACAGCAUAGAUGCCGUGUUGUUACACAGAAACGUUUUAACGAUUGCAUCCAAAAGAACGGUCUGGGUCUAGCAUGUGCUAUUAUGGGCAUGACCUCAUUCAGUGAUGGUCCCGCUGAUGGGAGUAAUCUCAGUGCUGUGGGCGAGAUCAGACUAAUACCAGAUUUGUCAACCAAGUGCAAAAUCCCAUGGGCAAAACAGCAAGAAAUGGUUUUGUCAGACAUGUGCAUUGCACCUGGAAAAGCAUGGGAAUAUUGCCCGAGAGACGCAUUGCGUCGAGUUUGCAGAGUUUUGAAAGAUGAAUUUGACUUGGUUAUGAAUGCAGGUUUUGAGAACGAAUUUUUUCUGCUAAAGAGUGUAGACAGGGAAGGAAAACAGGAAUGGUUACCAGUCGACCAAACUUCUUACUGUUCUACAGCCGCACUUGAUGCCGCGUCAUCUUUACUUGAAGAGAUUCUUUCUUCACUUCACUCCUUAAAUAUAACCGUGGAACAGAUACAUCCAGAAUCUGGGAAGGGUCAGUUUGAAAUCGUACUGGGAUACACAGAGUGUGGCCGUGCAGCAGAUAACUUAAUUUAUGCACGAGAAGUGAUACGAGCCAUUGCAAGAAAAUCCGGAUUGCUUGCAACUUUUGUGCCAAAGUUUGCAUUAGAUGACAUUGGUUCAGGCUCACAUGUGCAUCUCAGCUUGUCCAAGAACGGGGAAAAUGUGUUUAUGGACAAAGGCGGAUCUGCUCGGCAUGGAAUCUCUAAGGUUGGGGAAGAGUUCAUGGCUGGGGUGUUGCAUCAUCUUCCUUCAAUAAUGGCUUUCACGGCACCGAUCCCUAAUAGUUACGAUCGCAUACAACCAAAUACAUGGAGUGGGGCAUACCAGUGUUGGGGGAAACAAAACAGAGAAGCUCCAAUAAGAACGGCGGGUGCACCCAUAGUCCCAAAUGGUGUUGUUACCAACUUUGAGGUUAAGGUGUUUGACGGAUGUGCAAACCCAUACUUAGGUCUCGCUUCCAUUAUUGCUGCUGGGAUAGACGGUCUGCGCAGACAUUUACUCUUGCCCGAACCAGUUGACCAGAACCCAGAUGGCAUCAAAGCAAGUCUUCGACGAUUGCCAGAAUCUCUUUCGGAGUCUGUGGAAUCCCUUGAGAGAGACGAGGCAUUCAAGGAUUUGAUCAACGAAAAGCUUUUGAUUGCCAUAAGAGGAGUUCGUAAGGCUGAGAUCAAGUACUAUGACCAAAAUAAGGAUGCAUACAAGGAGCUGAUACACAAAUAUUAAUUCCCACACAAAUACUGUACCAAGUUGUAUAGAAAAAUGAAACACAUCAAUUUGGUCUCCUUCAUUAUGUUAUUAUGUUUCAAAAGUACUACUACGUAUCUUGUAACUCUGGUUGCUUAUAAUAAGGUAGAUAAUACGAAGUAAUCUUUUAG